AUGAUUGAUCCAGAGCUUUCAGAAUUCUACGCGAAGUUGUACGAUCGUCCGUUGACCGAGCCGAAAGACGAACAGGAUGUCAAGAACAUCCUCACUUGCAUUAGAGCCGGGCACGGAGAUCUCGAUGAUGAAGAUGAUGAUCAACUACGGAAGGCGGGCUCGGAAAUUUUCCGGAAGAAGAUUACUAUGAUGGCAAGCAAGUCACGCAAGGUGUUGGCUCAAUUCACCAAGAUGAUCUCCAGCCAGCUUUAUGACGACCCUUUUCGGUUCUUCUAUGAGCUCCUCCAGAAUGCGGAUGACGCCCGCUACCUUCGAUGUGGCGAGACACCUACCAUUAGUUUUACCGUCUCCCAAACAGAACUCAUUGUCGACCUCAACGAAGACGGCUUCUCCUUGUCGGACGUGCUGGCAAUCUGUAGCACUGGUGAAAGCUCCAAGACUCUUGAUCAAAACACCACGGGAGAAAAGGGGUUUGGUUUCAAAUCGGUCUUUGGAGUGGCAGACCAAGUGCACAUUACCUCAGGAGUGUGGUCCUUUCGCUUCAAGCAUCAACGGGAGGAAGAUGGGAUCGGCAUGAUUCAGCCCUACUGGGAGCCUGGCGAGCAACUGCCGGAAAAUGUUCGUACCCGCUUCCGCCUUCAACUUUCGUUCAGCGAAAAAGACGGACUGGAGACUCUUUGCGCCCAGAUGAGAUCUUUGCACCCAAGUAUUAUCUUUGCUUUACGCAAAAUCAAGAAGCUUUCCAUGCACUUCGAGGUUGCUGAAGCCGGAAACCGGACGGUCUCUUUCGAAAAGUCUGUCGAUGUGGACCGAAAUAUUAUGACGAUCGUUUCCCGAGAGGAUGCAAAAGCCGCAGAGUACUUCUACCGAGUCCUCGACGGAAAAGCGUCGGACAUGCCUCGACACGCCGAGCGCACCCAGACAACCUCUAAUGUCACAAUUGGUCUGCCAAUCUCAGCCCCAAACGAUGGCUCCCCGCUCCUCAGCGAAGCAGGUCAAUUUGUCUUUGCCUUUCUGCCUAUCGUGCAGAUAAAAGAGCUCCCUUUUCUGGUACAAGCAGACUUUAUCCUGACUGGCAGUAGGCAAGCCAUUUCGGACAACGCCUGGAACAAAGCGUUGAGGAACAAGAUUGCGGCCCUAUUCUGUAUGCUCGCAAAGAGACUGGCUCUUGAAAAAAGUAAACUGUCUUAUGAGUGGCUUGCUUAUAUUCCACUUCAGCCCAUGGUCGGAUUUUUGCGGCCUCUAUCGGCUUCAAUACGGCAGAUAUUGUCGGAGCAAGAGUUGUUCUUUUCGGUGGAUGGUUCCUUGCACAAGCCGGGACGACUUCGCAUCCUGACUUCCGAUUUCACCCAUCAGUCUGAAGCCCUCAUGUCAGAUUGCAAACAAGCCUGGCGUUUCUUGUCAAACAAAUACAAAUCAUCCAAUCACCCAGCGUUGCUUGAGCUUGGCGCUUCGAGGCUGAACUUCGACGACGCUUUCGACCUUAUUGAAGGUGAUCUCCAGAGUAAUGACUCGCGUUUACGCUCUCGACCACUGCACGAUGCCUGGCAUGACACAUUCAUGACAUUCAUCAAAAAAGGGCUAGCCCUCGGCAAUGUGGGCUACAGGGAAAGAAUCCACGACAUGCCUAUCAUCCCUGUCCGGGUUGAUGGAGCGCUGGAAUGGCACCGCCCGGGACUAAAUAUCUUCUUCCCCCACGCGGUCAACGAAGGCACUGGUCCUGAAUGUAUCGUCAUCGAGAUGCCCACUGAUAUUGACCUUGUGGUCCUUCAGCCGGACGCAGCUGCAGCACCCAAACGACGUGAGGUGUAUCUGACCCUGGGAGUCCAACAGGCCUCUGGUGCCGCGAUCUGCACUGCUAUUACCAAAGCAAUGACAAAGUCCGGGGCUAGGUAUAACUCUGACUUAUUGCGUUCGUUGGAACUCUUGUUUUGGUUUUCUUACCAGCCUUUGACUCUUCGAGACAAGCUCCAAGCCUCGACGUCUGGAGGCGUCUAUGGGCCUACAAAACUGUUGUUUAUGCGUUCACGUGAGCAAUACCAUGCAGAAUGUCUGGUACGCCUGGAUGAAAAUCCAGACUAUGGCAAGCACUUUUUGAACGAAAUUUAUCAGUCUUCCAAGGUCGCAACCAGAUCACGUGGCGGCAAGACCUGGGAACAGUGGCUGAUUGAAGUUGCUGGUGUACGUUGGUAUCCACCUCUUGAAGAUCUCUCAAUUCGCGGGAAGUUACACUGGAUACUCGAUGUCGUUCAUGGCCGGGAUUCGAUUCUGUUCUUAUCUCUGAUCCAAACUUAUUGGGCGCAAGAGUACAGCAGUACGUGUCGGUUUAACCCAGAGCUGGUCGAAGUGCUCCGAAAGUGCCAAGUGCUCUGUAAACACGGCGGAACUGAAGAGCUUUCAAAAUGCUGGUUUCCAGCCAAAGACAUUCUGGACGUGGCGCAGUAUUAUGGCGUUAAAAACAGACUACCGAUCCUUUCAUUGCCUGAUCCUCCUCAGGAACAUCUGAUCUCCGAUUGGCCAGCCUUGAGAGAUUUGGGUAUACGUUACAGGCUUGACUUACAGUUUUAUCGCCAAGCGAUUUCACUGCUUUCUGCAACAGGACAGCGACCGACAGUCGGUUCAGUGAAACUGGGAUGGCUUUACAAAAAUAUGGCUGAUCGAGUGACUCUAGAGGAUCUAAAGACUAUUCAGGACGAUUUCAAGAACGGCGCUCUCAUUUGGGAUCUAAUUGGCAAGGUGUGGCGAACCAUGGAUCAAUGUGUAUGGGAGAGCCGCAUUACACUCCAUCGCAGGUUUGUAAUUACUUCGGCAUAUGAGAAGGCCACGGUCUCCGGCCUAUUUGAAACGCUUCUACAAGUCCCAAGCGUAUCGAUCGAAUGUUUGAUCGAGGAGCUUGAGUAUUUGAGGGACUCACGUGGGCCCGAGACUAAUGCGGAGUUGCAAACCACUGUUUCAAAAGUGUAUAACUAUCUGGCCGAUAUGAACGCCACCAUGGAGCAGAGGGAGACUAUCAGGUGUUCUUUCAAGGAAAAGCAUCUGAUCUAUAAUCCUCGGAGCAAUGACUGGUUGCAAUCGAAAUCUUGCGUUUGGCAUUCUACCAUGGACAUCAGCAACCAUGUUCCAAUUGCCGCAACCUAUUCAGACUUGCAAGAGUUCUUUAUAGAAGUCCUUGGGGUCCAGACCGUCACUCCAAUGUUCAUGAUGAAACAGCUCGCCGCAGCUGCCAAAAGUAGCACAAAGACGGUCGACAACAUCAAAAAGCUUAUGCUAGCUGUUUCCGAGUUGCUUGACAUGGGCAGCAAUGGAUCACAAUUCAGGAGUAGCAUGGAAGUACUUGACGAAUGCGCCUACUUGCCUUGCAGAUUAAUCGCUGGGGCUACCGAAUUCCGUUCGAAGUCGCAAUCAUUUUUCAUUGUUGACAAUGAAACCUACGCCAAUGAGUUUGGAGACCAGCUGGUCAUGCUCAAUUUCACCUAUGAAGAAGUGAACUCUUUACACAAGCUGAUUCGGCUUCUUGGUCUAGACGGCCACUAUCUCGCACGACAUGUGCAAUCGGAGACCUCCGCCCGCGUUUCGACACCGAGCGAUACCCUCAUGGCUCGGUUUCGUGAAUGCGCCUAUCCUAUUUCAUGUUGUGCCAUAUCGCACCGAAGUGCACUAUUCUCAAAUCAGAGCAGACUCCUUUAUGACGCCCUUGCAAAUGCGAUCAUUCACACCUCCUCUGAGAUGUUUACCUACCUUGUCGUCAUGCAAGACGAAGGUCCAGUCAAGGUUCCCACAUCCAGACCUUCUCUAAUCACGAAAUACGAACAAAAUAGGCUUGAAAUCACCCUUCCGGCUGGAGAAAGAGAAAGUAGGCAGUGCAUGCGCUCGCAACUCCCAGGCUAUAUCACUGCAGACCUCCUCGACAUCUUUGACUCUAGGGCGGAGAAGCAAAUAUAUCGAAUCCUCAAUGAGCUGGGGACCGGCACAGACGACAUUCUGUUUGAGGAGGGUAUCUCACGAGUGUCAUGGCUGCCAGAAACACGUCGUCCAGCACCUAUCCCACCACUUAUAGCUCCGCAGACCUCAGACUUGGCCGAUGGCGAACCAAACCUUCUCACUAGCGCUGUUCAAACAAAUGGCGCUCUUCCAACUGAUGAAACGUUCGUGUAUGCCGCUGCGACAUUCCCUACAAACUACCGACAGCCAUAUCGAGCUCUACCCAUAGAAGAUCCAGCACCAGAUUACUGGAAGGUGAUCGAGCAUGUCCACAAACAAGCGUCGAAAAUUGGAAACAGGUUUCACCGGCGCAAUGACGAGGCUCUUAACUUGGACGAUUUGGCCGCAGAAUUCGCUGGUCUUGUGCUUGGCCACACCAUAGUCGACCCUAACGACUGUCCAAACCUAUUUGGUAAUGACGUGCGGCUCAGCAAAUUCAGAUUGGGCGCGGCCGGUGAGCUUUUUGUAUACGAAGUCCUCAAACACAUGCUGGGCGAUGAAUUCGGACUGCCAAAUUGGCAAAGCAACAUUCGAUAUCUUGUGCAAGCACAUGAAUCCUACAGACACGUAACUCGGCGGAGUGAACCAGAGACGGCCGAUAUUGUGUUCUGCGACCAGGGCAAGAAUCUCGAAUUUCAAUUCUCACACUCGGCGAACGCGGUGAGCGAUGUAUUCCAGGGUUGGUAUCCGACAUGGUACCAAGAUUCAGACAAUCGACCCAAGACACCUCUGGAAUGGCUCUUUGAGGUCAAAACUACCCUUGGGCCCUGUGAGACUGAGUUCUGCAUGAGCCCGAAUCAAUAUAACAUGAUGAGAGAACUUGGAACCCAAGAGGAUAGCGAGAGAAACCGAGUCUACUGUAUCGUUCGCGUGUACAACCUGCUUAGCGACAAAAUUGGUGUCAGAAUCUACAUCGAUCCAUGGCGUUUCAGAGAGGGACGACUGGAAUUCGGUACGACGGAGAAGUGGAAAGUGAAGCCUGUGGAUUUAAGUUGA